ACAGGUGGGCACAGGCAACCAGGUUCUUGGUGAUCGUGGACAAAAAUGGAACCGAACACACAGUUUAUAGCGAAAAGCAAGAGAAAGCAGGUUUAUUAAGCCACACAAACCAUGGGAGCAGGCCGGUUCAGAGCAGAGCAGAGCAGAGCAAAGCUGAGCAGAGCAGAGCUGGGCAGAGCCAACUCUUUUUCUUUUAAAAGAAUAACUACUUUUAUUCUUUUAGGGCAGGUCUCCCCUGGCUAGUUUUGGUCGGCUUUUAUUACGCAUGUACAAGUAGUUAUAUUUCUUUAAAGUUACUGCGCAAGUGGUCCCCCCUGAUUUCCUUGUCUGGCCAGUGGAAAGGGGGGUCCCCACAAUGCUAAUUUAUUAUAAUGCUAUUAUAAUGAAGCAGGGGUCAGGUAGAUCUGCACAGGUUCAUUCAUAAUUCACUGGGAUUCAGUGCUUUUCCAGAAAGCAGGAACGACCAGUCUUAGAACAGGGUUUUGGGUCCUUUAUCGAUGUUCUUUAUCGUAGCCCUGGGCACCUCUGGAGUGUCCUCUUCCUAUCUCCUGCUUCACUUAGAGGCUCAUCAAUACGUUGGGGUACAGAAAUUUUUCAGGUCCCACUGAUGAAAAGGACUGGAAGGAGGCAUGGUGAACUGUGGUUUUGUCUGUUUUUUUUUUUUUAAAUAUUUAUUUUCAGAGAGGAGGAAGUGAGAGAGAGGGAGAGAAACAUCAAUGUGUGGUUGCCUCUCAUGUGCCCCCAGCUGAAACCCAGGCAUGUGCCCUGACUGGGAAUCGAACCAGAAACCCUUUGGUUCACAGGCUGGCACUCAAUCCACUGAGCAACACCGGCCAGGGCUAUGUCUUUAAAAAAUUACAGAAAAACUAUAUUCAAACAGGGUUUUUGACUGCAACUCCUUCAUCCCUGCCUGCAAAGUCUUUCCCCAAAGUCCUUUCCCUUUUCCUUUAUGUGAUAUGCACCCGUGGACAUAUAUAGUAUGCUUUUCCUUUUCACCAAGGAAGGGAUCGAGACCUGCGGAGGUCCUGGCCUUUCCUCUCUGGCUGAUAGGGGAACUCAAGAGUUAAAGAUUUUAGUCUUAGUUGACAGGCUUAAGUGAUUGACGCCUCUGGAAAGCUCUUAUUCCAGGAACUGGAAUACUCGACCUUGGUGACUCCAGGAGGUGCGUAAACAAUUCAACGACUGCGGUAGAGGGAGGAAAUGUCCAGGACACAGGUGAAGAACUGUUGAUCAACAGAUGAAGUACUAGGAAGAUCGUCUCUCCCCACCCCCCACCUCCCGGCCCCACUGCAGCUCCUAUCCAAUGAACCUCCUUUUCCAAACCCCUUACCUACCCUUUCUUCGCCUUAUAAAAAAGGUCGGCUUGAAAUGGGAUGCUAAGACCGACUUUAGAGUUCAUAACCCCCCUUCCCCCCGUCUUCUCCGAUCGCCGGCAUGUGAAUAAAGAGCCCAUAAAGAUUCACUCUUUGUCCCUGCUUAUUGGUUCUUACAGUGACAGGCAGCAUAAACCACCGAUUUUGCCAAUUCCAUUACCCGGGGACGCUUCACAGCACUCCCGCACGGUUGCAGAACCUAUUGAAAUGCAUUUUUGAAGGCGCUGCAGGCGAGCUCUCCAACAGCCUCGGUGUCGCUGGAACACCCCCUGGAGGGGGCUGGGAGGAGGGUGGUUUCGGUUAAGUCCCGUGCCGGGGGCGCGUUCCGGCGCAUGCGCUCUGCAGCAGCGUCCGUCUCCACGAGGGCACCCUGUAAUAAUGGAAUCUUGCGGCGCCCCGCGCGAGGGGGCGUGGACCAGGCGGAGCCGGACGUCUUAAUAUUGAGCAGGCACAGUUACUCGCAGCACCGACCAUGGCGGGAGCCGCGCUGGGGAAGAUUUGGUUCCGAAAACUUCUCCCUGUCCCUUGGCUCCUGUGUGGUCCCCGAAGAUAUGCCUCAUCCAGCUUCAAGGCUGCAGACUUGCAGCUGGAAAUGACACAGAAACCUCAUAAGAAGCCUGACCCCAGCGAGACCCUGGUGUUUGGGAAGACGUUCACCGACCACAUGCUGAUGGUGGAGUGGACCGAGAAGAAGGGCUGGAGCCAGCCCCGAAUCCAGCCUUUUCAGAACCUCUCGCUGCACCCGGCCUGCUCCGCUCUCCACUACUCACUGCAGCUCUUUGAGGGCAUGAAGGCGUUCAAAGGCAGCGACCGGACGGUGCGCCUCUUCCGACCCUGGCUCAACAUGGACCGCAUGCUGCGCUCGGCCCUGCGCCUGUGCCUGCCGAGUUUCGACAAGGUCGAGCUACUCGAGUGCAUCCGCCGGCUCGUGGAGGUGGACAAGGACUGGGUUCCGGACAGCCCCGGCUCCAGCCUCUACGUGCGCCCUUUGUUCUUUGGGAACGAGCCCUCUCUGGGUGUCGCCAGGUCCUCGAGAGCCCUCCUGUUGGUCAUUCUCUGCCCCGUGGGCUCAUACUUCCCCGGAGAUUCGAUGAACCCCGUCUCCCUCCUGGCCGACCCGGCGUUCAUCCGCGCCUGGGUGGGUGGCGUCGGAGACUGCAAGCUGGGGGGGAACUAUGGGCCCACAGUCUUUGUGCAGCAGGAGGCGAAAAAUAAGGGCUGUGAGCAGGUUCUCUGGCUGUACGGGCCCGACCACCAGCUGACCGAGGUGGGCACCAUGAACAUCUUCGUCUACUGGACCCACGAGGAUGGGGUGCUGGAGCUGGUGACCCCCGCGCUGGACGGUGUCAUCCUGCCUGGAGUAGUCAGACAGAGUCUGCUGGACAUGGCUCGGAGCUGGCGCGAGUUCCGGGUGGUGGAGGGUAAGAUCACCAUGAAGGAGUUUGUACGGGCGUUGGAGGAGGGCCGGGUCCGCGAAGUCUUUGGCUCGGGCACCGCCUGCCAGGUCUGCCCGGUGCAUCGGAUCCUGUACCAAGGCAAGAACCUCCACAUUCCCACCAUGGAAAAUGGGCCCGAGCUCAUCCUCCGCUUCUACAAGGAGCUGAAGGCAAUCCAGUAUGGAGCAAAAGCCCACGAGUGGAUGCUCCCGGUGUGACGCUGCAGACUGUGCCUGGCCGCCACGCGGAUCCACCGGCCUGUAGCAUCUAAUCCCAGCCGGAUCGUCACCUCCCCAACCAGUGGUUCUGAAGUGCAAUAAGUAAAAGGCCGGGGCGCCCGGACGCCUGGGUCUCUGGCGCCCCCUCGUGGUCGCUACACUCCCAAAGCCAUAAGGGCCGGACCCAGGCAUCUGGACCCGUAGCUCCACCUCUCAGGCCUAGGGGAUUGGCAUUCCCCACCGCUCUCUGCUGAGGGGGCAAGUAAACGCCCUGGCCCCGACUCCGCACCUCUCUGUUCUGUUCUCAGGCUGGAUCUCCUAAGUGCUGCCGUUGAUCUUGUUUUUUCUCUUCUUGUUGCAACUUUGAAAUAAAAUGCC